AUGACCCUGAUUCAAGAAGAUGAUGUAUUAGAGUAUAGUGAUAUUGACGAAGCUAAUCGUCAUAAAGAUUUAGCUAUUUCAUCUAGCAAAGAAGCUGUUGAUAAUAGGGAUCAGGAAAAAAAGACUGAUGAUUCAGAGGAUGUUGAGAUGACUGAAAAUGAAGAUCCUAGCUUAGCAUCUCAAUCUAGACAAAACAAUUCGGAUGCACAGUUGAUACCUUCUUUCAAAGAUUUCAUGCUAAAGCCAGUGUUAAUUAAGGCAUUAAUGGAUAUUGAAUUCGAACAUCCAUCUGAAGUUCAGCAACAAGCUCUUCCUCAAGCUCUUAUAGGUAGAGAUAUAUUAUGUCAAGGGAAAUCAGGGUCUGGUAAAACUGCGAUAUUUAUCUUAUCUACAUUGCAGAAUAUCAAUCUAAUCAGAGGAGAAGUUUCAUGUGCAGUUCUGUGUCAUUCUAGAGAAUUAGCAUAUCAAGUCAAUGAAGAGUAUAAAAAAUUUUCCAAAUAUAUGGUAGAUUUAAUUACAGUAGCUAGUAUUGGCGGAACAUCUAUAAAAAAUGAUGGGGGAGUCUUUAAAAAUAAAAAAAAAUGUCCAAACAUUGUAGUUACUACACCAGGUAGAUUAUUAGUAUUAGUGAAAAAUAAAAUUGUUGAUCCCACUCAAUUGAAAACUAUUGUAAUUGAUGAAUGUGAUAAAGUAUUGAGUGAAGAGAAAAUGAGAAAUGCCUUUGAUGAGGUAUUUAAAUUGACACUGAAUGAAAAGCAGAUGAUGAUGUUUUCUGCUACACUAUCUAAUGAAGCCAAAGAAAUUUGUCAAAAAUACACUCAAAAUCCAUUGCAGAUUUAUAUUGCAAAUGAAAAAAAAUUAAUUCUGCCAAGAUUGAAACAAUAUUUCUUUAAAGUUGAAGAAAAGAGAAAGACUCAGAAAUUAACAGAAAUAUUAGAUGAUGUUAAUUUCAAUCAAGUUAUUAUAUUCGUCAAAAGUCCCAAAAAUGCCAAAUUAUUAGCUACAAUAUUAAAUGAAUUAAACUUUACAGCAAUUACUAUUAAUGGGUAUACAAAGACUAAUCUUCGGUUACAAAAUUAUAAGGAUUUUAAAGAGAAUGAAGUCAAGAUAUUAGUGACUACUGAUAUGUUUGGUAGGGGGCUUGAUUUUAAAAGAGUAAAUUUAGCAAUUAAUUAUGAUUUACCCAUUUCUAUAGAUACCUUCUUGCAUAGGGUGGGCAGAACUGGUCGUUUUGGUAGUAAAGGAUUAGCUAUAUCAUUCAUUUCUAAUAAAAAAGAUGAAGAAAUGAUUGAAAAUAUACAACAGAGAUUUGAUAUAAGGUUACAGGAAGCUAAAAAUGGUGAAGAUAUUUGUGUUAUUUGA